AUGAGAAUCAAGAGAGAAUGGAUAGACUCAUCUAGUGGAGAAAACCUAUUACCAAAUCUUGAGUAUGGAAAUUGCCUUUUGUUUAAACUUAUUGUAUACGCUCUGAACACAAUUAAAAUCGCUUGUUCAACAAAUUUUUCUGGCGGAAUGGCCUUAGAUAAAGCAAGGGUUCAAAAAACAUUCCCACAAGUUGAAAAAUAUUUUGAAUCAAAGGAUAUUAUUGAUGAUAAAGACGAAAAAAGUAUCAUUGAGGAAAUUUUGAAUCUUUCUACGUUAGAAACAGAAAUCUCAGGUGAAUCUUUCAAAAAGAAUCGUGAAAUAGAAGACGAUCAAAUGGUAGCAGUGUGUAUGCGCAUUCUUCUUGUAAAUGUACAAAAUAGGGAAUGUAUUUAUAGUAUUAUUUCUAUAGGACCUGUCACUAAAGAUUUGUUUGAAUCUGAAUUUCACUGUUCUGACAAUAUGAUGUCGAUCUGUCAAUACCACAAUGAAAUCUGCCCAAAUGGUCCUCUGAUUGAUUUGAGGUCCAAAUCAAAUUUUACAAAGCAACUCCCUUCAAACAUUCUUGCAAUUUAUCUUAAUGAUCUCGAUGACAGGAUCAAAAGUUUGAUUCCAUCCAACAUUCACAACUUUUUAACUAAAUUUUUCAGUCAGAAUUUAAUGGGCAGUGAUUGGAAUGAUAAGAUUGAUGAUCUACAAUGGAUAAAAAUGAUCAUUUAA